AUGGAAGUGACCUUCUGCAGCCUGGAUGGGGAGCGGUGCCAGGAGUGCCGGAGCCCUGUGGACCCGGGUCUUCUCAAGGUCCUGCAGCUGGCGCAGCUCUCGGUGGAGUGGCUGCUCCACUGCCAGGAAGUCCUCAGCCUCAACCUUCAUGCGUGUCCAAUUUGUAAGAAGGGGUUCUUCACUCCACAAUUCCUCAACAGCCACAUGGAACGCCGUCAUCCGGAGGACCACGAGAGCCAACUGCAGUCGGAUCGGGAAAUGAAAUCUCAGAUCAAUAAUCUGAAGAUGGAGAUCAGCGGCUUGAGGGAGCGGAACGUUCAGCUGCAGCAGAACCUGGAUCUCAAAACAGCUCAGGAGAAGCGACUUGAGAGUGAGCUAGACCAUUUCAAAGCUGAGGAGAUGGCUCGCUUUGAGCGAGUCCAAACCGACUCUGCUCGCUCCCAGGAACAACUCCUCCUGAAGCUGGAGCAGCAGCUGAAGGAGCAGGAUGAAUCGUGGAAAUCCAUCCUGCACCAGACCAAGGAACACCAUGACUCUGAAAUGAAUAAGAUGGUAAAUAUUCCCUCCAACACCAAAGAAGUGGAAGAACCAGUGGUGGUCUGCGCACUGGCACCAGAGCCCAAACCAUCGAGGGUUGUUCUUGACUCGAGCAGCGCCUCUGAGCUGGAACAGAGUUCGAGCAUGAUGAAUCUAAGUGGUGUAAAGAGCAAGGAUUUCACUUUCUUCAUGGCCAAAGUGAAUUCAUUGGAGGACCAAGCAAAGGAGGUGCCUGGUUACUGGCGCUGUCGGGGGGAGCUCGACCUCAGCUUGGACGAGAAGAUGAGCGCCAGAAUGAUGACAGAAGCUCCUCCAGAGCCUCAGGCUCCAUCCGGACAAGCGGUUCAAGGCAAAGAGUCCAAGACUCCCCAGCCAGCGCCGAGGGCCGAGAGCACCACCAAAAGGGUUCCCACGAUGGGAUUUUUGGUUUGGUCAACAUUUCUCCUCUUCCUCCUCCAGGUGGAGGACACGUUUCAGGAGGGCCAGGAGAAGGAAGAACAACAGGAUAAAGAGAAAAUCAAGGCGGAAGACAACGCUAUUGAAAUGUCCGAGGACUUCGAUGGCCAGAUGCAUGAUGGGGAUGAGAAAGAACCAGGUGAAGAUGAAGACUCUGCUAAAGAGGACCAGGAGGAUCUGGACAAAAAGAUGGGGAACCUGGGUGAAGGCGAGACUGACACUCUGGAUGAGAGGAUGUGGGGAGAUGAUGAAGAUGAUGAUGAGGAGGAGGAAGAGGAAAGUGACCAGGAGGAAGAGUCUGGCCAGGGCAUGGACCAGGGUGAAUCCGAGCUGGUUGCCAAAGACGACAACUUGGACGCUGAAGAGCCAAACAAAGACAAGAAAAACCAGGAUAAAGAUGAACAGAUGGUUGAGGAGGAGAAAGAAAAGAUCCACGAGCAAGGAGAUGAGAGGGAGUUUGAUGAGAAUGAAGUGGAUCCAUACCACGGUCAGCAGGACAAGAGGCCUGAGGCUGAGGCCAUGGAUCUGCCCGAGGAUCUCAAUCUGGACCAGGAUGAAGAACCUGGAGAGGAUGGAGAGGGCAAGGGUGACGAAGAGAAUCCCUUAGACAUUGAUGAAAAAGCCAUGGACCUGGACGAGAAGGAGGAUGGAGAGAAAGAUGGAGGAGAGGAUGAAGGAGCAGAGGAGAUGCAGGAGGAACAGACAGACCUACCAGGAGAGGAGAAGGAGAAGGAGCAAGAGCCCAAGACUGAAGAGGAGGAGGGAGAAGGGGAGAAAAAAGGAGUUGACGAGGAGUCUGCUGCGCAAGAUGAAGAGGAGGAGGAGAAGGAGAAGAGUGGACAAGAGGCAGGAAGAGAUGAAGAUCACACUGUUCGCGACGACAAAGGAGACAAACCAAAAGAUGAAGAGGAGGAGGCUGGGGAUGAGGAGCCGCCAGAGUCAGCAGAGAGGAAGGAGCAUGACCGAGACGGUCAGACUGGAGAGGAGAAUGUCCAGAGUGACACAGCUGUGGAGCUGGGAGGAGAGGCGUCGGAGAAAGACCAAGCUAAAGAGGAACAUGGGAGCGGGGCAGCUGAUGCCAGCCAAGCAGAUGGUCACCAGUCAAAGCUGACGGCUAGAAUGGCUGCACAGACACAGACUCAGAGCAAGACUCAGAGCUUCAAGAGGAAGCCUGGCCACGCAGACAACGAGCGAUCGACAGGCGACUACAACGAACAAAUAAACAAGCGUCUGCGUACAGUGGAGAGCAGCAAGGACAGAAGUGCAGACAACAGGCCGAGCGACGCCCAGCAGGAUUCUGAGCUGUACGAGCACAUCAAACAGGGAGAGAGGGCCUACGACACUCAGACAUACGAUGUGGCAAGUGCAGACCAGCAGAAAGCAGCGGGGCCUCAGCAGGACCAGGAUCAGAAAGAUGAGGAUGUUGCCAUGGAAACAGAGGACCAGGAAGAGGACCUCCGUGCCGCUGAUGUUCAGGAGCUGAAGCCUGAGCAGCUGGAUUCAACCAAGGCCUCCCAGAAAGGUGUAGACAGUGGGGAGAUGGACGUGCAGAGGCAGGGCGAGGAGGAGGAGGACCAGGAGAGAUGGAAGGACCGCCAGCGUCUCGCAGAAGAUAGGCGAGCAGAGAGAAGCACAGAAUCCACAAUUCACACUAUUCCUGAGCUGCUGAUGGACACCAUGGAGAAAGCAGAGAGAGACCCAGAGGAGAUCAGGAGGGAGAUGGAGCUGCAGCUGGAGGCCUGGCACAAACUGGCUCCAGGAGCUCAGGAGGAGGAGAGUGCAGCUGCCUCCAUGUGGCAUCAGUACCAGACCCUGACCUCCGCUCUGUCCCAGCAGCUGUGUGAGCAGCUCCGCCUCAUCCUGGAGCCCACACAGGCCGCCAAGCUCAAAGGAGAUUACCGCACAGGGAAGCGUCUGAACAUGAGGAAGGUCAUCCCCUACAUCGCCAGUCAGUUCCGCAAAGACAAGAUCUGGCUGAGGAGGACCAAGCCCAGUAAGAGGGAGUACCAUGUCUGUCUGGCUGUGGAUGACUCCUCCAGUAUGGUGGACAACCACUCCAAACAGCUGGCGUUUGAAUCCCUGUCAGUGAUCAUCAACGCUCUCACUCUACUGGAGGUUGGACAGGUGUCUGUGUGCAGCUUUGGCGAGCAGGUGCAGCUGCUCCACCCCUUCCAGCAGCAGUUCAACGACGAGUCCGGGGCUCGGAUCCUCCGACUGUGUCAGUUCCAGCAGAAGAAGACCAGAAUAGCUCAGUUUAUGGAGACUUCCACCAAAAUGUUUCUCGCAGCUCGGCAACAGAUUCCAGGAUCUGUAAACUCAGACACGGCCCAGCUGCUGGUCAUCGUCUCUGACGGCAGGGGUCUCUUCCUGGAGGGGAAGGAGCGGGUGACGGCAGCAGUGCGAGCAGCUCGCAGCGCAAAUGUGUUUGUCAUCUUCGUGGUUCUCGACAACCCCAACUCACGGGACUCCAUCCUCGACAUCAAGGUCCCCAUAUUCAAAGGGCCGGGGGAACUCCCAGAGAUCCGCACCUACAUGGAGGAGUUCCCCUUCCCCUUCUACGUCAUCCUGCGAGACGUCAACGCCCUGCCGGAGACACUGAGUGACGCUCUCAGGCAGUGGUUUGAACUGGUCACGGCAGCCGACCAAUGAGAAGCCAUCUUUCACACAAAGGGAAGAAGUGUGCGGCGACCCACUGCACAAUGCCACUCUGCUGCUAAGCUUCUCAGCCAGAACUGAAAAUCAACAGAACAAAAAAAUAAAACAGAAGACGGAUUUACCGCUGUACAUGUGCCUUUAUUUUCCUAUUUUUACUGUAGAUUUUAGUAGAGUUUAAUAGCAACCUUUGCUGUUUUAUCUUUGUUAUCAGAAGAAUUGUGUUUCUUUUGUAAUGUAGCGAGGAUUGCUUUAACUUGCACGUCUCAGAUGAAGCGAUAGAAGUAAAAUUGUGAUUUCAUUGCGUGUGAACCACCUCAGUGAAGGGUCAGUAAAUACCUCUGUCCACCUUGUACAAUACCCCCAGACCGUCAGUUUGUCCGUGUGGAUGGGACAGUCAGUGCUGCAGAGAUCAUCCAGUCAUCCAUGUGUGAACACGACAGACGUGCAGAGCUGUGCUUUGUGUAAAAUGGACGUCACGACCUACAGUAGCAUGUUGUCGUGGUCGUGACUGAGGAACUCCUAAAUGUGCCUUGGAGAGGAGAACAGUGUUGCAUCUCCCUCCACAGCUGGAUCAGCUGCUGGUUGAGGAGUCGGAGGCACGGCCACAGCUCUGUCACCGAUUUUUUAGAAACUCCGAUCUCACACACUUUGAAGCACAACGACAGUUCCGCAGAUUCCAGUUUUGAGUGAAUGCCCCAGAAUUACCAGCGUGUGUGGUUUGAAGAUGACACAUCUGCUGAGCGACGGCUCAUCAACGUGUCUGUUAGGACUAGAUGAAAUGUGCAUUGAAAUGUUUCUCAUCACCUCUGUGUUUCGUAGCGUACAUGUAAGUGUCAGAAGACACUGGCCAUUUUUAAGAGCAUCCAUCUGUUAAAUCAUGACACGAAUGAUCCUGACAAUAAACUGUUUAAAAAGUA